GCCCACCGGGCCAUCCAUGGCGCUGCAGUGACGGCCAGUCGGACUUCAUCCAUGUUUUCUGAGUGUAGGAACGUGUCUGGAAGACUCUUCACACUGAGCUGCCGUCUGUCUCCACUUAACCUCAGCUGUAGCGCCACCUUCAAAAGCAGUCGACACUCCCUGAGAGCGAACUUCUCGACACGCUCCUGUUCCUCUUUACGUUAUUCAGCUUCUUAUACGUUCUGCAACCGCCCUGUUCUUUUUCUUUCUCGCCUCUUCUCACUCCUUUCCUCUCCUCCUCGCUCUCUGAAGGCAUCUCGUUGGCUUUCUCAGGCUGCUGUUUCCAUGGAGUUAAAGGCAGUUCUGGAAGUUCUCGAGCAGCUCGCUCCGCUCUCAUUGGCCGAAUCGUGGGAUAAUGUCGGUCUGUUGGUGGAACCCAGCAAACCACGUCCAGUCAAAGCGAUCCUGCUCACUAACGACCUCACAUCCGCUGUUAUGGAUGAGGCCGAAGCGAUGCAGUGUGACCUCAUCGUUUCAUACCACCCACCUCUGUUUCGGCCAUUCAAGCGGCUGGUUCAGAAGGACUGGAAGCAGCGACUGGCUGUCCGAGCCAUAGAAGGUGGGAUUGCGGUUUUCUCCCCGCAUACAUCAUGGGACAGCGCCAAAGAUGGCCUGAACGAUUGGCUGAUUGGCGGAUUAGGUGGUGGGCGGGUGUCGGUGUUAAGCCAAGCUCUCUGUAGCGCCCCCCAAAGGAAUCGAUUGGAGUUCACUGCCAGGAGUCAAGAGGAGCUCGACAGUAUCAUGAAGCUACUGAAGGAAACAGAAAACAGUGAAGCAUUUCAGUACACUGUCCUUAGAAAUGAGGAAGGGGGACAGCAAGUGAUCCUGACCUGUCCCAGCUCAGCACUGACCCCUGUUGUUCAGACCGUGUUAGGAAACGCCACAGCCAGCCAGUCCCUCAGCAUCACGCAGGUUCAGCAGCCCCCCAUGCUGGGCUGUGGUCAAGGGCGACAUAUUGUUUUGGACGAGCCUGUGUCUGUGGCUGUGGCAGUUCAGAGAAUGAAGACGCACCUCGGCCUGCCUCACCUCAGACUGGCCCUGGGAGAGCAGAGAACUUUAGACACGGUUGUGAAGACUGCGGCCGUCUGUGCUGGGUCAGGAGCUUCUGUCCUGCAGGGAGUGAAAGCGGAUCUCUACAUUACAGGUGAGAUGUCCCAUCAUGAGGUCCUGGACGCCGUUGCCAAGGGAACGAGUGUGAUCCUGAGUGACCAUAGCAACAGCGAGAGGGGGUUUCUGAGUGUGUUUAAGGAGCGGCUGGCUGCCCGUCUACCGGACUCUGUUACCAUAGCGAUCUCAAGAAGAGACCGAGACCCCCUAGAGGUGGUGUGACCUCGCUGGCCCUCAGGGCACUUUAUCCCGACCUUUUUCAGCGAGGGUCCUCUGUUAUUGUCCGACACUGUUUAAAAAUUUGGAAUCAUUUAAUAUACUAUAAUAAUAAGAUUUACAUAUAAACUAGACUCAAAAAUGGAUUUAUAUUUCAAACAAUUUGGGAGCAAUAAGUUAUUAAAUGAUAAGUAAUGUGUUGUAGUUGUCUAUAUACAAUCUGCAGUGACAUUUGAUCACUACUAUAAACAACCAGACUGGUUUCAUAUU